ACCGAAGGUCUGACAGGCGACGUUGCAGCCAUGGAGGAAGUAAGAGGUGAGUGAGAUUUUCUCCUCCUUUUUCAAUUGAAUUAAACCACCUUUCCCGGCGAUAAAUAUAAAGAUAGCAAGGAAAGGGGCGUUUUAAUUCUAUUCCACAUUAGCUGAUACACGUUUAAAGAAACAAAGGAGUGAACAGAAACCGUUGUUAAUCAUCACUCUCUGUUAUUUCACCGGCGUUUUGUUUGUUACAAUAGGAAGCGGGUAGUGUUUCAAAGCGGCACCGUUGGCAGUAUAUAGACAUAACGCGUAUCUUUCCUGUCUUUAAAAACAUGACGAACGUGAACAGCUAUAAGUAAAGGAAAAAUACACCCAAAGUGGUGAAGUGAGUCAGUCCCUCGCUGAUGUAAACCUGCUUACUGUGAGCGUUUCUGUCAAUGGACGUUGCAUCGUCAGCCGGCCGGUGUUCUGCCAAAGAAUGUAUCCCCAGCGGAAUCUGCGCCCCUCAUAUUACUGUAUUAUUAAUCUGUUAUAUUCAGGCAGCCGGUUAUGAUUAUUUCCCCUUAAUUUCGCCUUGUUAAGCUAAGAACCUUCUCAUUUAGUGAACAUUUUAACAAUGAUGCGUGCUUUCUCUCGUCUUUUGUCCCUGUUGGGAAACAUUUUAAUUGUAUAAAAUGCAGCUAGAGUUACACAUAUAGACUGUACAUAGAAUAUAGUUGAUAAUAUAUAGAAUUUAGUAGAUACAGUCUAUGGUUACAUGUGUAUCUAGACAGUGCAUCUGCAUGAGGGUGAGUUUGGAAGCAAAGGAGGCCACAGAAACACAAAGGAUUGUAUGCGCUCUUUUGUUUUGAGAAUAUAAACUUCAUUAAUUUCUCCACAGUUUUUCCCCUUACCUGUGCUGUGCAAAACUACGCAUGGGGGAAGGUGGGGCAGGACAGCGAGGUGGCCAAACUGGUCGUUGGUGGAGAUCCACUCGCUGUCAUAGAGGAAGGAAAGCCCUAUGCAGAGGUAAACCCAUCACUGGGAAGAGAAUAGUUAAAACCACUAAUUAGACUGGCUCUUAAGCCAAUAUUUGACAAACAAGUUUUUAAUACUUAAACAUGUUUAACUACAAAUUUGAAAAUUGUGUAUAAAUUGAGGGUUAAGUUGUUAAAUAUCAAGAACAAAAGUGACACUCUCCAGGGUUGAUAUAAGCCUGAAAUAAGAAUGUUAGAUGAGAGCCACUCAUUGUUAAGAGGGAUAUCAGAUAACUACUCCCAUUUCGCAGUCUUUUAGGUUAGUGAUAAUGGUUGGCAUUGUAGGACCUCUGAGAUAUUUUGCCCUGCACUACACAGAUGCCUCAUCACGCUCGUGUUUUUCGACUAUCUAGGGCAUUAAAAGGUGGCGUUGUUGUUCCUCUGUGUCCUGGCAGGGAGCCUUGUUCACUUCAUGCCUUUCACAAGUCUUUCCUUAUUUAGCCACAGCAGGUCUGCAGGGUUUGUCGUGAAGGUCAUCAGUUCCACUUAUGGCAGGGGUGACAUUUUCACAUAUGGCGAGUCACAUAAAUGUCACAUGUCGUGGUCGUUCAUGUGAGCUCUACUGGUCAUCUUUACAGAGUGGUACAGACGCCUAAUCAGUGACUACUGUCCUGCACUUCUGUGACAUUUUUGUCCCGAAGUUUAUGAGGUUUCCUUACAAGACAGUAUUAUUUUAAUGAACUGUUGCAAGACAAAAGCACAUGCAUAUUUUUAAACUAAUCAGUCGCCGUAAUUUUAGCACUAAGUCUUGAAACAUGAUGAUGACCUGGAUUGCAAUUUAAAGAAAUCAACCGGUAUCAAAAAGGUCGCUGGUUGCACCAUUUCGGCUCCGCUGCUGCACUUAGUGUUUGUCCACCAACAAGUGUGCGUCCUUGAAAGAUAAAAUCCUCCAUUUACUUCUGGGGCAUUAGAGUAACCCUCUUAUCCAGAGUGAUUUACUGAAUGAGGUGGUUAGGAUUCCUCCCCUCUCACUGAGAAUAAACCACUUUAGAUUAAAGGAUUUGAUGAAUUGAUUAAAUGUAAAUGUCUGACACUGGACUCUUUGUUCUCCGAGAAUAAAAGACAGGAGAAAAGAAUCUGUGAUGGCUAAUUUUAUUUACUCUCAAAGCAAUUUUCUCUGAGUAAUUGGGUUGCUGUAGUCAAUAUUGGCUGAUGUUAGGGAAGGGAGUAACACUUCUCACACUUAUUUCGAGUUAUAUUAAGAUUUUGACUCAUCCAGCCCUGUAACCUGACCAUUCAAAAGUGGCGAUUCAGAGUCUCCUCUUCUGUGUUUACCAGCUGUGGAUGGGUGCCCAUCCAAAAGGCGAUGCCCAGAUUAAGGACAACAGGAUUGCCCAGACCACGCUGGGCCAGUGGAUCGCCCACUUCCCCGCCUCCCUGGGCUCCAAGGUCAAGGACACCUUCCAUGGUCAGCUGCCCUUCCUCUUCAAAGUCCUCUCUGUCAAUACGGCUCUGUCCAUACAGGCUCACCCCAACAGAGUGAGUACAAACACGCCCACGCAGUGUCCAAACUCUGCGCUCAAAAGGACUCUCAUUCAGCAUUGUUAAAUUAUCUCGUUUUGGGUAUUCCAGUGCUUAAAACAGUUGCAUGUCUGUCCGCCUUCCCUCUCUGUUUACGCUCUUCCAUCAUAAUGGUUUGGUCAGGAGUUAGCCGCUCAUCUCCACGCUCAGUUUCCGGAGCAUUAUCCAGACAACAACCACAAGCCUGAGAUGGCCAUCGCUCUCACUCGCUUCCAGGGCCUGUGCGGCUUCAGACCAGUGGAGGAGAUCCUGGGAUUCCUUGAAUGUAAAAGUCAAAUCAUGCUCACCUUUUUACGUGUGAAACGUCAACAUAUACUGUAUUUCUUAAAAAAUUAGAGUGACAUUAAAGGGGAAUGUUCUGUGUGUGUGUGUGUGCAUCAGCUGUCCCAGAGUUCCGCGCUCUGGUAGGUAAUGAGUCUGCGGAGAAGCUGCAAGCCUGCAUGGGAGAUGCAGUUCAUACGAGCCAGGUGCUGAAGAAGUGCUUCACCAGGAUGAUGAACUGUGAGAAGAAGGUGUUUGUGGAUCAGCUCAACAUGCUGGUCAAGAGAGUCACUGAAGAAGGUGAGGAGGAGGGGGGGGGGUCACCAUUGAGCUCCUGAGUGGAGAAAACACACGAGUGAGUUAAAAGUGAAUUCACAUUGAGCAAGAAAUGUGACCAGAAGUGAAGCAUUAAAGACUCAGGUUUUCACUCUGGUGUAUUACACAAGAAGAGGGUUACUCGGUAUGUUGGCACAAUCUCUAAUUUCACAAUGGUCAACAAUCUGGUUUAUGAUGCAAGUGUGUUAAACAGAGAUAUCCACAUACAAUAUGUGAGCAUAGAAAGCUAAAUCCUAGUCUAAGUCUGGCUCUGCUGCUGUUGUGGAAAAUCCAGCAUAAACAAUGCACAGGAGACAGGAUGAGAUCUGAGGAACACCCUGGACGUCUUUAAUUGUACAGAUGUAGAAAUUAGUACAGAUAACAAACAGAGUCUCGACCAAGACCGAAGGAAGCCUCCCUAGCUUUUCUUCUACUCUCUUUUAUGCUGUUAGGUGUGUGUGUGUGUGUGUGUGUGUGUGUGUGUGUGUGUGUGUGUGUGUGUGUGUGUGUGUGUGUGUGUGUGUGUGUGUGUGUGUGUGUGUGUGAAUUCUCCAGAAGGCUCCUCAUGAUGUCAUGACUGCCCCACGACACUUUGUUUAGGUUCGUCUUGACCCUGGCAGAGAUUAAAUGUUCCAACAGACAGAUAGUUCAGGCUCCUGCAAGACAGCCUUGCUUACAAUCUCAGGGUCGUGAGGCUGCAGGAGCAGGCCAACCUAGAUUAUUUGUAGCUUCUUACUAAAAGAUAAUUACUGUUCAUUUCUUAACCUAAAUGUAUGAAGAGAUUCUCCUACACUGCUCAAACCAAUUCAUCUCAGUGUCCCAUCGUCUGUGUCUCUGUCAGGCUCCACAAUCAGACGCUUUUACAGUAUUGAACCUCAAAAGGCCAAUCUCCCCUUUUAAAGCUCGUCUUACUGAUAUGAAAUCACACUUCUCCAUGUUUACGACCCUGCAGGUGCAGCAGGGAAGGACACAUCAAGCAGCAACGGCGACCUGCUGCUACGCCUCCACUCCCAGUACCCUGGUGAUAUCGGCUGCUUCUCCAUCUACUUCCUUAACUAUGUGGUCCUGGAACCAGGACAGGCCAUGUUCCUGGGAGCAAACGAGCCCCAUGCGUACAUAUACGGAGGUCAGAUUGUAAUCUGUAUAUUUUCUAGAUCUUAUCCAGAUUGAAUGAUUAUAUGCAACAGUGGAGUGUGCCUCAAUUGUGUAAAUCGGCAGCACCUCUUUAGAGCUUUUAAAUGAAAACUAAAGUUGGUUAAGUGUUUAAGAGAAAGUUUAUUUUCAUGCUGAACUUUGCUGUUAAAAGACAUUCCUGGAAAUCCCUCAGAGUAAAAGUACACGAGGCAAGAGAAGGAGAGAGAAAUCCCCUGAUGAGUUUAACACCCGACGAGGCUGAUAAGACCGUAUCUUAUAGUGUAACAGUAUCUGAUCAUUGAUUUUUCCAUUUAAAAGUGAGUCUCUGUUCUUUCUGUCUAGACUGUAUCGAGUGCAUGGCCUGCUCAGACAACACAGUGAGAGCCGGUCUGACGCCUAAAUACAUCGACGUGAACACGCUGUGUGAGAUGCUGAACUACAGCCCUGCUCCCACCAGCUCCAAAAUCUUCCCAUGUGUCCAAGACGCCUCAGAUCCCUGUGUGACCCUCUACGACCCCCCGGUGCCAGACUUCACUGUCAUGAGGAUACAGGUAGGACUCCUCAGCUACUGUCUACUAAAUCAUGGAAGUAAAUCUGUGAACCUGCAGCUGCACUAACUCGUGAUUUUCAGAGAUACAUUAUUGUUCUUCCUAAACCCGACCUUAAGUGACAUUAAAACCACAACAAGUGCCAUUGAAGUGUGGACUACCUUUUGCUGUCUUGUCUAUCCCGCAGGUCCCCGCCUCAAUGAAGCAGUACACCAUCGCUCCGGUCGACAGCGCCAGCAUCCUCCUGGUCAUCGAAGGCGACGCCUCUGCAACCUCUGCCGCCGCCCUCUCCGACGUCACCCUCAGACGCGGCACCGUCCUGUUCGUCUCGGCCAACGAGAGCGUCUCCCUGCACGUCACCUCCCAGUCGGGGAUGAACAUGUUCAGGGCCUGCUGCCUGCUGUAGCUGCGAGUCUGUGAGUGAGUGUGAGAGCUCGAACCGCCUGUGUGUGUGUGUGUUUUCCUCUGGUGUUACUCGGUGACGUUUGUGUUGAUGGAGCCCAAACGGUCGCUCUCUGCACUUUCUGAGCCAGAGUACGCUAAAGGAGGUUCGAGACACAGUGUAGAUGCCCAUAUGUGCCCGCUGCUCCCCCCCCUAACCCAAGCUCAGUAAGUUCAGCCUUCAGCAGGUUCUUUAGGGUUUUAAACAAGCAGUUAUCCACUAACUGGUUUUAACUUUUGUAACUGUGGUAGCACAUUAAUAUCUUUGUAGAAAAUGUAUAGGUACUGGACAUGUAUUAGGAUUUAAAGGUGAAACAUUGCCACAACACUGAACAGCAAACAAAACGUUUAAAUAGAGGUGUCCCGAUAUGAUAUUGAUAUCAGAUAUUAAUGCGAUAUCAGCAAAAAACGAAUAUCGGAUUAUAUCGGCCUGCAUCUAAAAUCUCCAAUAUCAGCACUCUGAUUCAAGCAGUCCAUUCCAGAUACCGCUCCGGCACCUCUAUCUAACAGUGCCUGGAUCAAACAAGCUGAGUCCACAAAAUCACAACAACAGUGUGUACUAAGGUACAAACAAAGUACCAAGGAGUAGGAUUGAUGUCGGUCCUGUGGCAGUAUUUUUCGUUAAAGUCCGAAAAAGACAUUGCAGCUGAGUGCAAAACUUGUCAUGUACAAGUUUGUGCUAAUAUUGGAUCAAUAUCGGUACUGGAAGCUACAAUAUUUGUAGCGUAUUGGAGAUAAAAACUUUUAAAUCAUGUUAUCAAUCGUCUGAGAAAACAUUUAAAAAAUAGGUUGACAGAUAUUAUUUGUUAAGGUGUGCCAGGAGUGAAGCCAAAGAAGCAAACUUUAAAUCAUUAAUUUAAUUGGGAAAUUUUCAAAAUAAAAGCCUGAUACAGAUUAUCAGCCAAAUGCCAAAUAUCAGCCAUGAUAACUGGCCAAGGCUGAUAAUCAGUCUACCCUUAGUCUAAAUAUACAUCAAUAUUAGCCAAAUGAAUUUGAAAGUAUCAGUUAUCAAGUAAAAACUCUACAGGAGAGAAUGAGGGCCACUGGGAUAAAAAGAGGGUCUUUUAUAUAUGUAUAGGGGUGUCCCGAUACGAUGUUGAUAUUGGAUAUCGGUCCGAUAUCAAAAUUGGUAUCGGCCAAUACUGAAGGCUACUAUAUCGGUAUCGUAUCGGAGGUAAAAAAAAAGUGGUAUCAGGACACCCCUGUGUAUGUAUAUGUAUUUAUUAUUCUGGGAAAAAUAUUGGACCUUUUUUUCCAGUGGCUUUUAUCUUCUUUAGUAUAAACCUGAAUAUCUCCAAAUAUCUACUUUUCUUAUUGCCGCUCUUCGGUGUUGUUGGCGUUUCCCCCUUUUUUCUUUAUCUCUAACACACUUUCAGCUCUGCAUCUUUAUCUUCAAGCUCGAGACAAUGAUAACAACACACACCAACAGUGAUUCGUCCAAUCUGCACUGCAGCGGGGUAAGGGGAUAUGUUUACACUGGUGCAGUUCACCACCACUCACCUCUUUGUACGACUACAGCACCACAGAGCAUGUCUGUUAAGUGAGCCAGCAGUUUGUUUUUUGUUCUUCAAGGUACAACUUCCUGUUUUAUCAUUUAACUUUUAGCUUGAACAAGUACAAACCCCGCCUCCGGGAAAACAUACAUUCUUAGUGUUAACAGUUGAGAGUAUUUAGUGUAAUGCUGAGAUGCCUGUGCAUGUUUGAUUCAAAGCAGUAAACACUCAAAGAGGGUCUUCUAUCUCGACCCCUGCGAGUGUGGCUGCUUUAAACUGUUACCAGCGCAUGUUUACAGUCUGGAAACUUCUCCUCAAAGUAGUGACGGUCAUAGAAAUCACAAAAUACAGAACAGCAACAGGCAAUUUAAGGUCACAGUGAUUUUCAUCCCAUUCAGCACAUCUUCAGGAGAGCCAGGAAUGCACUUUUAUAAAGCUUCAACUUCCAUAUGAGUCAAAGUUAGAGUUGUUCUGAUACCAAAACCAACAUAUUAGGAAAUUAUCUCUACAUGUACAAAAAUGCACACAGAUCUAAUAACCUCCUCUCUAAAAACUGUCAUCUAUUCAGCAAUAACACACAAUACAACUGGAAUUCAAUGCGAACACUUUCAAGAGGAUAAAAGCACGGAUUAGAAAUCAAGAACAGGACUUCAUUAGCAGGCAGCCAAUCAGGCAAAAUUAUUCAAAUUCAGGUUCUUAAUGCAGGUGCAACUCAAAAAUUAGGAUGUCCUGAAAAAGUUCAUUUUUUAUAUAUAUAUUCUAGAUUCAUCUCACACAAAGUUAAAGUAUUUCAAGACUUUUUUUUUUUUAAAUCUUGUUGAUAACAUCUUUCAACUCAUGCAAAUCAAAAAUCCACUAUCUCAGAACAUUAGAAUAUCAUAAAAUAACGAUGUAAAACACAUUACUGAAUAUGGCGAUCAGACUGAGGCUCUGCUGGGAUCUUUUCGAAGCUCCUUCAGCUCGUCUGUAUUGUUGCUCUGGUGUCUCUCGUCUUUCUCUUGAUGAUUCCCCAAACAGGGUUUCUACACAGUUGGAAUUUCCAUACUUUUCCUUACCCUACUUUUUAGAUUUAUUUUUGGAAACACCUGCUUUUCUAUUUUGAAAACAGUAUUUUAAAACUGUGGUAAUAGUCUGGAAAAAGAAAUAUUUUUCCAUACUUUAUUUUUCACAUUCCAUACUUUUUAAGACCUGGAAAUUGACCAAAUUUAUUUCCAUACUUUUCCGUACUUGUGAAGGAACUAGGGCCUGACCGAUUUAUCGGCGAGUCGAUUAAAUCAGUCAAUUUUAGCCCAUUUGAGACUAAUCGGUAACCGGCCAAAACUCGCCGAGUUUCGCAGAUAUUUCCAGAAAUAAAAUGCGGAGAACAAGAUUCAGUUUCACUUCGAAAAUGUUCCGCCAUUUGAAAAGUUUUCCCGACUUAUCCUCUCAGUCACGCCGAGUUAACGGUGAAGCACCGUGUAAUAUGCAAGCUAAAGUUAGAGUUAGCCACCUGCUAUUAGCCUUGCUACACUGUUAGCCGUGCCAGUAACGGUAGAUAAACAACAGUACACAUUAGUGAUCGAGCUACUUCUCUUACUGAGUCUGUCUCCAGAUGAGACCAGACCGAAAAUGAGUAACGUGAGUUAAGACACGGAGGCACCAAUGGGCGGAGGGAGUAGCUGAAAACGCUUUUCUGGUCCAAGUUUGAUUAGUCGGUCUUUCUGUCGGCGUGAAGAGCAGUAGCCUACAGUAUAUCUACUGUAUUAGUAUACUGUAGAUAUCUACAGUGUAUAUAUAUUUUUUAUAACUUCAUAAAAAAUGUUAAAAAUCGUCCGAUUAAUCAGUAAUCACAUUUUUUUUCCCCUCUAACAAUUGGUAUCAGCAUCGGCCCCAAAAAAUCCAUAUCGGUCGGCCCCUAGUAGGAACCCUGCCCAAAGAUCCUCUACAGUCAGAGUUAACUACUAGCUUAUUCAAGCUCUUUUCAGGAUUGAAGUAACUGACAAGACUCUGGACUUUUCCCAUAAUAUUCUGAUGUUCUGAGUGAGUGGAUUUUAGAUUUUCAUGUAAUCCAGAAUCAUCAAGAUUCAAACCUAAAAGUCCUGAAAUUUUUCACAAUAUGAAUCUUGAAUUGAAUUUUAGGAGGAAAUUGAACUUUUUCAGGACAUUUGAACAUUUUUUGAGCUGCACCUGUAUGUAAGUUCGGUCAGUUUAGUCAGUUUAGUUAUCGUGAUAUCAAACCAAACACACAGGGUUAACGGUUAACAGCUGUAUCGAAUCAAUAGCAUCAUGUCCGCUUUCUUUAUUGCAGGGUAUGAGCCAGGUUUAGCUCUCAAGGUCAAGCUCAUUAACCAGAAAACGGUAUCGGAACAUCUCUACUGAAAAAGCACUAAUGCUGCUGCUUGUCGCAAACCAAGCUGGAAAAUCCACGUCUUGUACAGCUGUGAGACAGAAAUGCUGCAUUCAAUUUUAUAAAGUUAGAGGAACAAACACGUCUGUAUUUCUGAAGCCAAAAUUUUUCAGACUUUUUUUGCAUGUGAUAUUGUUUGUACUGAUUCAUCAUCGAUACUGAAGAGCCGACCCCGUAUUACGAGGUUUCACCUGUAUAUCGUGACAUCGCUAGGUGAGUGGUUCGUCUUCACAGUGAGCUCUUUCGUGGUCAUUAUUUCCAACGUGUCGCCACUUUACUGUAACUGUAUUAUCUCAGUUUGGUGCAAACUUGAGCGUGAUAUUCCAGUUCACACCGGGGUCAAUCUUGAAUCUAAUCAAAUAUGAAGUGAGUCUCACUGUCGUAACUGUUUGUUUUUAGUAAUCUUGAAUCAAAUAUUUGGCUGCAAACGUAACAGUGAGCUCAUAUUUCGGAAUAGUUCGACCUCAGAGUGACUUCGGUGACGCUUCUCUUCUUUUGUCUUUAAUGUAUCGGUGAUGAAGGUUGAUUAAUAUGCUUGUCCUUGAUAUAAAUGCACUAAACCUUUAUGAUGUUUGUUGUUGUUGUUGUAAAGAUUGUUAAAAAAAACAGGAGACUACUGACAGAUACAAGAAGGGAGUCAUGAGACAGAACUGUCACAUUUUUGGGGAAUCAAUUAUUUUUCUUAAACAACAUUUUGAUGAUUUUUUUUCACCACAUUAACAAAAUGUUUUAGUUUAGUAACAGAAUCCUUUAGGUGUCAGUUUAAUGUUUCAUUUCAUGUUACUGAUGUUUUUUUUGUCACUGUAUGUCCAGGAUUUUGCACACAAAUCAUUCUUCUUUUUUUCCCCUCUCACUUGAACACUUUUACACGUUGUUUUUAAUUUAAUAGUUUUAUUCAACGUUUGUGGGGACUUUUCUUUCAGUAUUCCUACAGUUAGGGCAUGGUUUAGCAUUUUCGAUUAUGAUGAUUAUGUAGCCUGGGACUGCAGGGAACAAGUGUAUGUAGAAACUGGUUUAAUAAAGCCUUGUUCUGUUACUACUCUGUCUGAAGUGUUUGGUGUGAAAUCACUGAGAGAUGUUUUAAAAAGUGAAAAUGUGACAAAUGGAGGAUCGUAUUAAUCUAACAGCACAGGAGCUUUUCGUCCUUAAAGGGAUAUUCCGGCGUAAAUUUAAGUUAGGGUCAAACACACUGUAACACUGAGUUAGACACGCCCUCGAGAGAUGAAUGUUUUGAUAUCAUUAUGUAGUUAUUUAGCAUUAUUUAAUGACACGGUAAUUCACCCUGAUAUUUUCAACACACAUCCCAAUCUUGAUACUGAAAAUAGGAAAAAAAGGACUGCUUGGAAAACAAAGUUAACUUGUUUGAAAGACUACCACCCCCACCAGCAGUUUUAGACAUUCAAUGGAACAAUUUAGUCUGAUAUUAUGCCGAUGGUCUCAUUUGCUUUUGGAGGUCACGAAAAGGCGAUUCGAUUUUAAUUGUAGCCUCAAAGGAGUUUUAAAGAACUUCAAAUUUUAGUAAUUAACAGGCAAAUAAAUGUGUCAUUUUGGACUCACUAUAAAAUAUAAUUUAUUAUCACAUUUAUUAAUUUCCAAAAACUCUUCUGCAGAACUCAUGAAAACUUUGAGAGACAUUCAGAACGAACAUUUGAUUUCAUCAGUUACACCCACACAGGGGACUUAAAAUCCAGCUCCAAGGUUCGAUGUGAAAUAAGGCACUGACCUCAAAUCUGUUAAUUGUUGCCUACAGACAGAAAAUGUUUAAACAGAGGUCUGAAUCUUCAGUUUUUGUAAAGAAAUGCUCUUCAGGAGUGAAAGCUGUCUGUAAAAGUGAAACUGGUGCAGACGCAACAGACUGUUUUCUUAGGAUUUCUUCAAGUGGAUGAAAAAGUUCAUGUUUCUACAACAGCAACAGACCCUAAAGUCUCCAAUCUGGACUGUGUUGUGCAUCCAGUUAAAGUGCAUGUUGGGAAUGAAGGAUUUAAAUUAGAGGCUCUACACUCACAAAUAUAAAUUAGAGGUCCUAACAACUCGAGUCAUGAACAGAGAUCUGAAACUGAAAAAUAACUCCACCACUGACCAGGCUGUUGAAGGCUGCCACUCCUCUGUGUUAUGAUCUGAUCAGAGGAAAGUCAUGAUCCAUUGGCUUCUCCAUCCUCUGCUUUGCUCUCUGUCAGCUUCACUGCCUGUCUGAAGUGCUCCCACAGAGGGCGCUGUUGCAGAGGCUUACCUUCUGCUUCGGACUUGCAGGCUUUGACAGGUUUGUUCAGCAUUGUGUCCAAAGUAAACCUGUGCUUGCAGAUCAACUCCGGCGAGGGUUUCAGCACACUGUACAGGGCCUGUAAUGCCCUCACAUCCUCCAAAGCAUCAUGGGCCUUGUAGUCCACAUCCAGCAGCUCCUUUACCAGGUUCUCCUGACGAAAACUCUGGAGGCUGCGGUCCUUCAACACCUCCCGAGCCAGCGGCAGAGUGUCAACGCAACCUGAGAUUGAAGAGUCGAACUCUGCUCUGAGAUUAAGUUCAUCCAGAGCUCGAGCCAGGAGGCGACAGUCGAAGCGGCGGAUGUUGUGGCCGAUGACCAGAGGGCGAUGGAGCAUCCGCAGGAAAGCUAUGAAGGAGACGAGGACCUCUCUCAGGGAGUUAGUGAGGACGAGGCGACGGUGGAGGUACAGUCUGUGUCUGCGGACCUUGAAGCCGGUCACUUUGGCUGCUCCUCGCUGCAUUCGACAGCGAGGGGUGAUGUAGAGGUUGAGUGAGUGACCUCCGCUCACUGCAGCCAGCUGGACGAUCUCACAAGUCUGACCUGAAGGAAAACACACAGAGGAAAGGCUCUAAUUCACAAGGUUAUAUACAGGAGAGGCAAAUCAAGCAGUGUGAUACAGUUAAGCAAAGGUGCACUGAUUGACAUAAAACAUGGGGGAUGUUUGUGAAAUACACAAUAACUCAACUGACAUUAUUUGCCUACUUCUGUUUCUACAGUAGGCUAAGUAACUUUUUUUUCCAUCGCCAUUUUUUUUUGUCCGUAAACUUCCGUUGUUUUUUUUUUAUUUUUUUUUUAUCUGCACCGUUUCUUUCUUUCUUUCUUUCUUUCUUUCUUUCUUUCUUUCUUUCUUUUUGUAGCAGGCUUCGGUUCCUUUUUCGCAUCGGUAAUUUCCACUGUAACUGCUUUAUUUGCAUUUUUUUUUUAUUUGCAGCAGUGGCAGUUCUCGGCCACCAUAAAGGUAAAUUAAUAAAAACACACCCCAAAUUUAAAACUAUGUUGAGAAAUGUUAAAAUCUGUGGGUUUGACUGCUUCAUACAUGCAGCAGGUGAAACUAUCUCUCUAAAACUCAUUCCCAGGUGAAGGUAGUGGUUUUAAUGGUGUAUUACAGUCAGCUUUACUGGUUUAAUGGUGCAUUUAUUAGUGCAUUCAGUUCAAAUAGAGCCUGUUUAAGCACAUCACAGUGUCAACUGAAGGACCCAAAGACAGUAAAGCAGAUUAUAAAGUGAAAAUUAAAUCACAGAGGUCUAUAACUUUACCAUUAAAACACCUGUAGGUCACAUAACAGCAAAAAAACAUAUGAGCUUACCCAGUCCAGUCGUCUCCAAGUCAAAGAAAACCAGCGACUCUCGACUUUUUUCAGCUCUGUCUGACUCUGAGCUUUGCAUAACGCCACAGCAGCAGUCUUAAUAAGUAAAACAGGCGAAAAAACUGAGAAAUACGGAGAAAUGAAAGACGAGUUUAGCUGCAGGACUUCACAGGAAAGUCUCUGGAUUGUCGAUUUUACACUUUGGCGGCCAGUCUGAACUCUCGGCAGGAAAAGGACUCAUUGAAAGAAAAAACAAGCGAUUAAGAUGAUAUUUAGCGCACAAAAUAAAUAGAAAACUGAGGGUUUGGCUCAUUCAGAGAGCUGAAAAUCAAAGUUUGAACUUUCCCUCCUCAUCCACAGCUACACUUUUCCCCAUACAAACACAGUCUUCUUCUGUCACAUUUAAAGCAAUUACAGAGUUCCAGGGGACGCUGCUGCCCCCUUAAGGAGACAAACGGCAGCGCAGGAACAGGAUGCAGAUGUGUGUCAGUGAGCAGCUUAAUAUAAGGACUUUGAUUAGAUUUGUAAUUUAAGUUUGAUGAAACCAACCAACAACACUUUUUUAAGAUUAUUGAGCAUUAAGAGGAAUAUUAACCUAUCCUCUAUUUUAUACAUUUACACUCAGCACCUUUGUAAAUAUUUUUCUUAUACUUUUAUUCACCUUUUCUAUCUAUCUAUCUAUCUAUCUAUCUAUCUAUCUAUCUAUCUAUCUAUCUAUCUAUCUAUCUAUCUAUCUAUCUAUCUAUCUAUCUAUCACUGUUGACCUUUUUUAACACACACAUGACAAACAAACAAAUCUUGAAUCUGGAAUAUUUGAGUGACUUAAUCAACAACCAGGCAACAAAAACACUUUUACAGUUUGCUUUUAAUUCUCAUAUUUCAGCUGAUCCCC